GCCAUUGGCUGUGAGAUAGAGCAGCAAUCCGGCUCAUAAACACGAUAUCUGCACAGAUUGCUGCGACGAUGACCCGUACCGUGGUUCUCCCCGACUACAAAGGGCCCGAAAGCGGGACAAUUCCCCCCGUGAUACUUGAUUCGGUGUGCAGCUAUGUGACAAACUUCAACGAUUUGCUGAACUGGAGUCUGAUGAACAAGGCCACAUACAACCAUGUCAUGAACAAUAACGAUCUCUGGAUACGCUACUUGCGGAAGUUAAAGCUGUGGGGGAAGCCGGCGACGACACCCCCUGCAAAGGCAGUUUCUAGAUCGGCGGCUGUCUCCACACCCGGAGAGCCGAUCCGAAGCGAUGACUUCAAGCUGAACCCCUUAAACUGUCUGGACUACCAGAUCGACGACCCGUAUAUGGCCAGGGCCACCUUUAUUGAGAUAUACUCGACCCUGGCGCCUAUAGUAAAGCAACUUUUGGUCGAGAGCUAUUCCAACUUCCAAAACUUGAGCAUUUUCAACACGUUCAGUACGCCGAUGAGCCAGGCCAAAUUAUUCACCAAUAUCGGAAACUUCCUUCCCAUCUAUGAAAGCUACGAGAAUUACGGCAACUUGAACAUCCGGUUCAAUACGAUCUUGAACUUGUUUGUCAAUUCCAUCAUUAGCGAGCUUGACGUCCAGCUCAAAGAUGAGAAGUAUCCAGUAGUGCUGGACUUGAUCACCUCGCUGGAUCACCUGUGCAUAACGAGCGACAGAAUUCCAAUCGAUCCCUUGGAAUCCUUACUAGAAUACUUUAUCAGCAAAUACAACGAAGACUACCUUUAUUUAUCAGCGGACGAUCUCGCCAAUCAGUGUUUCACAAGUGAGCCAGAUUUAUCAACCAAGAGGGGAGUAGUCAAGGGUUUUUCUUUCAACUUCGGUAAGGUCAGCGAGAUCUUUGACGAUAUUCAGAAGUUGCUAGACUCUCAGCUCAGCGAGAUACGAAAAAUCUUCAGUGCUGGUGGUAAGACUCAUAUAGCCGCCAAUCGUGACAUCGAUGAGAUUCCCAUCAUCUUGAAGAUAUUAGAAAACUUUCUUAGCAAUCACUUAAUUGGGGGAUUGAGUGAUAGGAUAAUUUCCAAGGCAAAACAGAUCGAUGCGUUGGACGAUAUCACAAAGCCAAAGCCAAAUUUGAUUGAUGUAAGAAAAAGUGAAGAGCUAGGACAGCUGGAUGAUAAUGUUCAUGAAGACGGCUCAGGAGCCAACACAAAGAAUCAAAUCCUAGAGGGGAAUCCGAACGUCAACAUAAUGAAUGAACAGUCCCUGUUUUUCCAGUGUGUCCCUUACCUUCAUUCCAAAUUAAUUUCAACGUUACAAAACUUGAACUAUCCACAAACUGAAAUUAUACUGGACUCUAGCACUAAAACCAAAAUGGACUACGUCAAAGUCGUCUGUGAGUUUGUCAAUUACUACUACGAGCAAUAUCUUAUUGAAUUUUCUAACGAGCUUCCUAGACAGUGUCAUAUAUCACUAAUCCAGCUCAUUUCCUCAUGGCAAACUAAUAAUCAAAAGGUGCAGAGAAACAUGGAACACGAAAUUUUGAAACUAGUUGAAGAAGAUGAAGAUGACAACAAAAGAUUUAAUUUCGAAAUAUUCAACACUUUUUCCAAUCUUUUCACCUUCAAGUCCAAGCCCGAUGAUGUGGAGACGAAAGAGGUCAGCGGAGAAAGUGAAAAGCAGACGGACAAUGAGGUGAAGCUUACAAAGAUGGCGGCUAAAUUGAAAAUCCUAGUAACAAAAGUCGAGUCCUUGAAAACGUUGGUUAGUAUUGAUCUAACUGUUUUACUUUUACAGCAUAUCAAAAAUAGUUACGAUUUAUUGUUAGGUUUGACAAAGUACUCGACAACAGAGCAGUUGAACAAGCAAAUUUACAAGACCUGCAUCAACAUUUUCAGUGAUAUGUUGACAAUAUUGAUCAGCAAUCAUAUAAAGCCUGGUUUUCUUGAGGCGUUACAAAGAUUGAAGAAUUACAAACCCGUGAACUUAAACCAUGGUGGAGCAGAUUAUGAGAAUAAGACAGAUGGUACCUUGGAACCGGUGAACAACUUUAUUGAACUUGUCGACGUUGGUGAUUUGAUUUUACAGAUGAUCAGCGUGUUUUACAAUCAUGAAUUAAUCCAGAGUGGAAUUAUACCAGUGAAGAAUCAACAUUCCAGAGAUUUUCUUCGCAUGAACAAUAUUGAAAAGUCUAUUAAAUUAAUGGAGUCUACUUUAGAUACCUAUGUGGCGAAUGGUUUAGACAUCAGUAUUGACAUUAUAAUCUCUGAAAUCCGUUUCAAAGUUGAAGAAUGUGUUGGAGCUAUUCCACUAAAUUCCAAAUCCAAAUCUUCUACGUAUUCGACAAUGUCAUCAAGGCCUAAAUCUAGGCCACCUCAAUCCUCAUCAUCUAUGAUGACAAGCAAUACGGUCACCACUACCAACACUAACAAUUCAAUUAACACCAAUAUGACUAAUGCCAGCACUAUUCCAGGUAUUGAAUCGACCGUUUACAAUCUGAUCAGCAUUGAAACCUUGCCACUUAAUGAGGGUAGAACAAGUGAAUGGUGUGCUAUAUGCCUAGAGGUUUUGGAAAGCCAUUUCAGUCUGCUCCAGGAUUCGAUAGAUAAGUCGAUUAUGGAUGUUUUCAAGCAGGAACUUGGAGAUAGGCUAAUAACGUUGUUAAUCCAAUUGUUGAUGAUGAAGUUCAAGAUUUCCAAUGUUGGCGGCAUCCAGUUCAGCUUUGACAUCAAUACUUUGUACUCAUACUACCAAAAGAACAGGAUAAAGCCUGCAAUUGAAUAUCUCAUUGGAUUCAAGAAAAUUGAUCAGCUAUUUCUUGUCGAUUGUUCCGGUCGUGCUUCUAGCGAGUUUAAACCACAGUGCAAGGAACUUGGGAAGUUGAUUAUUGAUUUGGGCAGAGAAAAUGGAGUGUUUACUCCCGAGGAAGUUUAUCAGUUUGUUUCAAGACGGAGCGACUGGGACAGAAUAAAAAAGAAUGUGGACAAGGUAGUGUAUGGUUUUGGAGCCGACGAUUGUAUCAUUAUGUGAGAGGUGAAAUCAAUAAAAAAUGACAUACACCUUUAUAUUCAGUGUAGAAGCAAGCAUAUGUAUUUAUAUAAAAAAUUCAACAACUAUUCAAAGCAUUAGCAA